AUGGGCGUGACCAAGGAGGACGUGGAGGCCGCCGUCGCCGCCGCGCUCAGCCCCACCCACCUCGUGGUCGCCGAUACAUCCGGCGGGUGCGGCGCGAGCUACGAGAUCGAGGUGGUGUCGGGCAAGUUCGAGGGGAAGCGGCUGCUGGACUGCCACCGGAUGGUCAACACCGCGCUGGCGCCGCUCAUGGCCGAGAUCCACGCCGUCUCCAUCAAGGCGCUCACCCCCGCGCAGGCCCAGCCCAAGCCCCAGCCGGAGCCGGCCGCCGCCGCCGACAAGUCGCAGCAGGCCUGA